AUGGACCCACAUUUUCCGGGGCCCUUCAGUUCUUCAGACGAAUUCCAGCCGGAAAAUCAGUUCCCCGGUCGAAAACAUUCCGGCAGCCCAUCAGUCGAUAUCAGCUGUCUGAAUCAUAAGUUAGCUCACGGGCAUUCGUUCCAAGAACGGAGACAUGAAGAGCCACAUUUUCCAGGUUCUAAAACUUCCACCGACUUAUUUGUCGAUAGAGCCGAGGAUGAAGAUAACGAUGAUCAUCGAUAUUUUUCGGACAGCGUUUUGAGGUACAUUGAUCAGAUGCUCAUGGAGGAGGAGGAUUUGGAGGAUAAUAUCCACAUGCUUCACGAGUCUCUCGAUUUUCGGUCCAAAGAACGAUCUUUUUACGAGCUGCUCGGACAAAAAUACCCUCCGUCCCCGGACAGUCGAUAUGUCGAAACACCUCACAACAAUCAGUACUCUAGUGAUGAUGUGGCGAAAAGCCCGGCUCGGUUCGAAAGUACUCUCACGAAUUCCGAACCCUUCUCGCCAUCUUCCGACGCGAGUCGAGCCAUUUGGAGCUUUAGAAAGGGAUUUGUCGUUGCUAGCAAGUUCCUCCUCGGCAAAAAUGACGAUCGACCCGGCGAAAUUAGUGGCUCAGGCGCGGGAAGAACGAAUCCCGAAGCCAUGGGAAAGAAGAAUAUAAACCGCCACGCGGACAAAAAUGACCUCGAGGAGCAUAGGAGAAGAACCAAAAUCCCGGCAAUUUACGACGCGGAUUCCGAUGAUGUUCCCGUGGAGGAAUUCGACAACCUUUUGCUCUUCACGCGCGGCGAAAGCGAACGGAAAUUCUUUGCCUAUAGAGAGGAGCUCAAGCACGCGGGUAGCAAAAACGAGCUUCCGAACCAGAGGUCGAAGAAAAAGAAGAAGAAGAAGAAGAAGAAAGAAGAAGAUGAAAAAUUGGUCGACCUGAGGACCCUCCUAAUCGGGUGCGCGAAGUCCAUUGCCGCAGACGAUUGGGCCACCGCGAAAGAGCUGCUCGAGCAAGUCCGGUCCCACUCGUCGCCACAUGGCAACGGGGACCAGCGGUUGGGCCACUAUUUUGCCGACGGGCUCGAGGCCCGACUGACCGGUACCGGCAGCGAGGCCCAAAAGUCCCUCAUCGGGAAACGGGCCACGGCCUCCAGCUUCCUCCGAGCCUACUACACGUACCUAGCCUCGGCACCUUUCGUCAUACUCUCCAGCUUCCUCGCGGGCAAGACGAUACAAUUCAAAUCGGAGAAAGCCGCGCAGAUCCACGUCAUCGAUUUCGGCAUAAUGUACGGUUUCCAGUGGCCCACUUUCAUCCAGCGAGUAGUUGAGCAGGCAGGUGGGCCCCCGAGUCGGAUCCGGAUCACGGGCAUCGACUUCCCUCAGCCGGGCUUUCGACCCGCGGAGCGGGUCGAAGAAACGGGCCGACGGCUGGCCCGUUACGCGGAGAUGUUCGGCGUCCCGUUUGAGUACCGGGCCAUAGCGCGAAAAUGGGAGACUAUAAAACCGGAAGAUUUCGAAAUCGAGGAAGGGGAGUACGUGGUGGUUAGUUGCAUGUAUCGGGCGGGGAAUCUCAUGGACGAGACAUUCGCCGGGGAAAGCCCGAGGGACGCGGUGUUGGGCCUUGUGAGGAGGGUAAAACCGGAAUUUUUCGUGCACGGGGUGGUGAACGGGAUUUACGGGGCCCCCUUUUUUGUGACCCGGUUCAGGGAGGCUCUGUUUAGCUACUCGUCGAUUUUCGAUAUGUUGGAGACAAGCAUACCGAGGGAGAAUACCGACCGGUUGCUUCUCGAGAGGGACGUGUUCGGAAAGGAGGUUAUGAAUGUGGUAGCGUGUGAGGGAUGGGAGAGAAUCGAGAGGCCCGAAACGUACAAGCAAUGGCAUGUGAGACAUUUGCGGGCCGGGUUGGAGCAAGUGGAGUUCGACAGGAGGUUGGUGGAUAGCGCGGUUUCGAAGCUGAGUAGAUACUACCAUCGGGAGUUUGUGGUGGACGAGGAUAACCAGUGGCUUUUGAUGGGAUGGAAAGAGCGAAUACUUUACGCGUUAUCAUUAUUUGUGAAGAAAAAAAUGGAAGCACAGGAAGAAUGUACAACCCCUAAGAGCCACGAGCACCGGAUUCCGGCGGCACUCGUCUGCCCUCCGCCGCCGAGAAAGAAAAACGGGCGGCGGACGAGACGGCCGGAGCCGGAAAACGGGUAUUUCCAGUCGCCGGAGGUCGAAAAAGUUUCUAAAUCCGGCUGGUCGGAGCAGAGGCGAUUGGGCUGA